AGUAGAGUUGUGAAAGGUAGACAAUGGCAAAGUUCUUAUGAGGUUCUCAUUAGUCUUUGCUUGGUCAUUACGUUAUUCUACUAGUAUUCACAGUUUUAUUUUGCUCAAAGCAAAUUUAUUAAUCAACGAUUGUGGUGAUACUACUGUUAGCGACUGUUUCAUUGAAAAUUCGGCUUAAUUCAUUGUGUAAAAAUGGAUCCGGGUAUUCUUUGUUUCCACCAUUGUGAUCACAAAGUAUUUUGCACUAUAAUACCUGAAAAAUGCCCUGUUUGUGAUCAAACAUUGGAUAGAUAUGAUUACAAUCUACUGCCCUUCAGGGUUCCUUACCCGUUCGUUAAAGCAUCUCAGCAUCCUCGCGCCAUCGUCAUGAAGCCAACUCACGGCGAUUUUCUCAAUGACUACUACAAUUCCAAAGAUUUACACAUAGGAGUGACUAACUCUCAAGGUUGUGUUGUGGAGUUUAGUGAGGAGGGCAUUCGUGGUGUGGACCCCAUGACUAAGAAGUGGAGUAGCUGCGAUUCUAGCUCAGAUUGGGACCAGUGUCUGCUGUUAGAGCAGUUUGACGAGUUGUGGAAUGAGAUUUGGGAUAGUGUUCUUCUCAAGGUAAGCCAGAGUCCGUUGUGGGAGGCUGAAAGGUACAAUGAAGAAAGGCACAAUUGCUUCACAUUUGUACUUGCAUUCCUGCGAGCCCUGGACUGUGGUGAGCUCUCUGAGAAGGCUAGAGAUCCUAAACUUUUCUGUAAGCAGUAUGUUGUUCCAAGAACCUCUGCUGCAGGGAAGUAUAUCUCCUUGUAUAGACAGCUCAAAAGGCAAAACUAUUUCAUACAGAACCAAUGAUAGCCUAUAUAAAUUAACAACUUAAUUCUAUGUAUUUAUUUACUACUUAUUCAGUAUUAACUGUGAUGUUUUAUAUUUAGGUAUAAGACUUUUAAAUUGAAGUGCAUUUAUUUUAGACCAAUGACAAUUUAAUUUCUGAUUACAUUUUUAAUAUGUUAUCUAUGAUGUAGGUGUAUUUAUUUAUUUUAUAAGUAUUUAUUGUUUCAAGGUUUAAUGAGAUGGUAAAUUUUCUUUUAUUUAAAAUGCAUCUGUACAAAUAUAAAGGCUGUCUAAAUGUAUUAUGCGAACAGGUAUUCUGCUGAUAAUAAAUACACAAGUGACUUAAUCUGAUAAUAUGUACAUCAUGACAGAAAUUGAGAUUGUGGUAAUGAUUAGUCUGUAUUGGGUAUGUCUGUAUGUGUGUAUAUGAUGGUAACACUCACCGAAAUUGCCUUUUACACAAACACACAUUUUUAUAUGACCUUAUCUUGCCAGUUUGUAGUUAUAUUAUAAUGUUUGUAUCCCAACAGGAUAUACACUACACAUUUUAUAUAAUGAGCAGAGUGACAUUACCUAUCUAUAAAGUAAUGAGAUGUCACAUAUCCAUUUAAACACAUGAAUUGUCUGCAAUUUAAAUCUUCCAGCAUGUAGUUAACUUUAAUAAAAUCUAUUCAUAUAAUAACUUAAUUUGAAUAAUGGAAUUACAUGUUUAGUGUAGUAGUCAAUUACUGUUUUCUAUAUAUUUACGUAACACUGAUAUAUUAUAUUCAUAGUACUUCAGACAUCAUUUUCCAUAGUUGCUAGGAUAGAUACCAUUGUAGUUAUAUGUACUUGCAAGUCUCAGUACCACACUAUGUACCAUGUAUUUUCUGCGGCUAUUUGGUUUCGAUUACUUAUCUACUUAUUUGCAGUUUGAUCUCAUUUCAUUCUACUGCAUAGAUGUUUAAUUAUAAAAUUAUUUAGAAACUACCAAGGCUCAUUAAUGAAUUUAUUGGUAAGGCUUUUAGUACUUUAUUUUGUUUUAGUUUUUUCUUCAAAAAAAUAUGAUGAUGUUUAAAUUCUAGAUGUGUUAUGAGAUAUUCCUUUGAAUUGUAAUUUCAAAGAAAUCUGUCAACGUAACUGUGACUUCAUAUGUUGUGAGAGUGUAUGUAACAAUAGUUGUUUAUCAAACUGUAGCGGUUUGUAUUGGAAUUGCUUCAAUGUGAAUAGAAUUCGAGCUUUAUUCCUAACAAGCUUGGUCAAAGACUUAAAUUUAGUCUCUGGUAAAGAGUGUAAGUUUCGAGAGGUGAAAGGGGAAUGAGAGAUCUAUACUCCGAUUUAUUGUUUAUAGUCACUUGCAAUGAGAUUCAUUCCUCUAUUUACUGAACAUAAUCUUCGAGUAUCAUGCUUAUAAAUCUGUCUAUAACAGAUUUCAAAUUAAUGGCACUAAUUAAAAUAAAAUAGAACUGUGAUAUCUCAUUAUAAUCCGAAAAAGUCCGUCCCCUUCCACUCUUACGCCGAUAAAAAAACCUACUCGAAUAUCUAUGCAUAUCUUGGAAGACCACUAUCCGUAGCAACUCAAAAUUAAAAAAAAAUUCUAAGUCUUUGAAAGCUUCAUGCAUGUAUCUACAGUAUGAGCACAAUAUUUUAAAUAUUUAUUUAUAAAAAGCUGUUAGAGCUACUUAUGUAGGUAAUUUUAUAAUUUAUUUACUGUUUUUAUUUAAUUUUGUUUUGUGUAUAUUUUCGGCCUAAGGCAGCUAGGAUUUGUAAAGAACUAUUUAUGUUAUUAUUAAACAAAAUUAAGAUAAGUUUAAUUGUAAGUAGAUAUGAUGGAAAGCCUAAUUAAUAUUGAAAAUGAAAUUUUCGUUGCAUAUUGCCAGUGAUUAUAAGAGAGUAUUGUAAUAAAAAAUUGAUAUGCUCUACUGUAGAUACAAGCUAUUAGUUCCUAUCCUACUCUACUUGUAUUUAUUGAGACUUGAAUUUUGUAAACGGAUCUCGAAGACAAAAAUUCUAGGUGCUAUGUUUAAAAUAAAGUAUUUGUUAAAA